GAUGGAAAAGUCGACUCUGACUUUAGUCGAAAAUCGAUCUUUUAUUAGAAAUAAUAGACUUUUUAGGAUCGAUUCAUGCUUGUCUUGAAUCGAUUAAAAUCGACUUUUACUCGAUGACUUUGACAGUUGAUGAAUUAAGAUAAUCACUAUAAGAUUACUUUUAAAAUCACAAUACAAAGUACCAAUCGAAGCGUUUCUUUAUAAAUAGCCUCUUUCUGAUUUUCUGAUUGGUCUAUAACAAUAUAAUGUUUAUAUUGCCGCCGGUAAUUGAUGUAAUUAACUUUUUAAUAUACGGUACAUAGUAUUGAACAAUUCUUUAUCAUGGUUCCCAGUUUGAUAUGGGCCUAUUGCACAAAAGUUAACAAUGGCAGUAAAGUUAAGUGUGAUUUAUGUCAUAAACAGUUUUUGUUUAAUAAAAGCACAUCAAUGAUGAAGCACUUACAAUGUGCUCACAAGAUUGCUCCUCCGUCAAGUAAUGAAAAACAAACUCAGAAAAGAUUGAAUGACAGUCACAAUGAUUUCGAAGUUCAGCCUAAAAAAGUUUUAGUCGCUGUCGAAUCAUCUGUUCCAUCGGUUGCUUUGGUACCAUCAAAAUCAUCUGUUCAAGAAAAUUCCACAGUACAAUCUCAGGUCCAAGGUCCUAUGGAUCGUUGUAUAAACAAUGCUAAUUCUUUUUCAGAAACUGAGAUGAAGACUGUUGAGCUGGGCGCUUAUCUCAUGGAAGAGAGGAAAACAAUAGAAAAUUUGAGCUUGAAAUUAAGAAAUAUAUGCAAUGACUGGGGUCUUGAUGAUAGUAAAAUAGCAGCAUUCGUUUCAGACGGGGGCGCAAACAUCAAAGGAGCUAUUAAAAGUGAGUUCGGCGAUGGGAAACACAUUUCAUGUUUUGGACAUGUAAUAAAUAAUAUUGGUCAGCGCCUUAUCGAAGUUAAUAUUACUCCACCUGCAUCUGAAUCUCGAAAUCAAGUUUCCGACUUACCCGCUGAUGAAAAUGAUGCUAUUGACAAUCUUGAAGACUUAAUUACAGAUCAUACUCAGCAAUCGUCAUUGCGUGAGCUAUUGUCAAAAGUUAAACAAAUUGUCACAUUCUUUCGACAAAGUGAAAGAGCGACUACAGAGCUGCUGAAAUUACAGAAGGACAAGCCUGAAAAUUCUCGUCUGAAAUUAAUUCAGGAAGUGCGAACGAGAUGGAACUCCUGUUUUGAAAUGGUUGACCGUUUCAUUGUGCUUGCUGAUCAUGUCAGUAAAGUGCUUUUACAAGUGAAGAUGGACAAAUCUUUGAAAGCUAAGCCACCUAACAUGAUCACAGGUGAGGAAAUCGAUGCGUUAGUAGAAGUUCGUGACAUCUUAAAACCUCUCUUGCAAAUAACUCAAGAAGUUUGUUUUGAGAAAUGUGUAACAUUGAGCAAGUGCAUUCCUUUGAUUUCAAGUCUUAGAAAAAAGAUUGAAGAGUUAACGCCAGAAACUUUAAUUGGGCGACAUUUGAAAAAGAGAAUGGUUCAAGACAUCGAAACAAAAUACGGCAAUAUUGAAUCCGUAAAACUGUACGCUUGUGCAUCAUUGGUUGAUCCUCGUUAUAAAAAGUUUGGUUUUCAAAGUAUUCGGGAUUCUGCACGAGCGGUAACUAAUGUCGCUGAUCUUGUCAAGACAGAACGAAAAUUAGCAUUGGCAGCAACGGUGGCAAAUAUUAACCCUCAAGAUGAGAUAUUAGCUAUUUGAGGUCCGGAAUCUCAGAAAA